AACAACAACAACAACAACAACAGAAAAACAGACAACAACAAACACAAGCUGUUUUGUCCAUACAUUUUAACUGUUUGAUUCGAUUCCAAUGGAAUGGAACGAAUAAAUUAAACGACAUUUAAAAGUUCAUCAAAACAGAAACAACAAAAAUAAUGGAUAAUAAUCAUCAUCAUCGUUGUCGUCGUUGACAAUUUUUAUGGGGUGUGUGUGUGUGUGUCUCAAUUGUUGAUAUUUACUCACUAUAUAUACAUGCUUUUCCUGUUUUAUUGUGAUUUUGUUGAUGAUAAUGAUAUUAUUAUCACCAUUGACGAUAGAAUUGUUUGAGUAUACAGAUUUUUGAUUUUGAUGAUUGAUUGACAUUCGUUUUUUUUUUUUUUUUGAUGCAAUCAAAUGUGUUUGAAAUAAUAGUGGUGAUGUGGUAACGUUGUCCACACAGUUUUUAUUAUAGUUAACAAUUGUCAUUUUGUUUUGAAGAAUUUGUUAACGGUAAAAAAAAAAAAAAAAAACACACACACACACAAAGAAUGCCUGCAAUCUAUCAUUCUGGUUGUCAAUCAAAACAAAUGAUUGGCAAUAUGUCAAAAUUAACAUUUCUUACUAGACAUAAUGGUCCAAUUAAAUCAUUGGAUCGUGAACAUCUUCGUCGUGAAGAUCCAACCGAUUUGGAUAUUAUUGAUGAAAGUUUUUAUUUCUUCAAAUCGAAUGUAUUUUUUGCCAAUUUUGAAAUAACGUGUGAAUCAGAUCGAAAUCUAGUCUAUUUGACUCUUUUUAUAAUUGAAUGUUUGAAAUUGAUUUCAAAAUCAACGAAUCGUCGUCAAGCACAGCAAGAUUUAAUGAAUUUAUCGCAACAAAAAUUUGCCAUACCAGGUGAUCCAAAAUUUCCAUUGAACAAUAUCUAUACACGACCACGGAACAAUGCUGAAGCUGAUGAAAUGCGCAGUUAUAUGAUGCAAAUGAGACAAGAAUGUUCAACAAGAUUAAUCGAUUUAGUAUGGCCAUUAUCCAAUGAUGGUGGCAAUGUACAACCAUCAAAAUGGUGGACAUGUUUUGCUCGACGUAAAUUUCUCAAUAUUCAACUAAAUGAAGUUGAUAUUUAUUGAUUUUUUUUUUGAAACAAAACAAAUGUGUGUGGGUGUGUUUGUUUGUUUUUUUUUUGAAAAGAAUUUUAUUCAUUUAUUAUUACUAUUCCAUUUUUUUACUACAUUAAACGAAUUGAAUGAAUAAAUUGGAUUCAACUACAUUGAAUCGUACGAAUUUUACGCAACAGCAAUGAUGAUUUUGAUUAUCAUUUUUUGCAGCAUUGACACUUACAUUGUUCGGAUCGACAAUUACAGCCACAAUUACAAUCUUUACAGCAAUUACAGCCACAAUUUUUACAGCAAUCGCAAUUACAUUCGUUCGCGCAGCAAUCGCA